AUGGACUUCGACAUAACGAAACUGCAAGACAUCUUCGCCCAAGGCCAGAAGGAAGAAGAGUCCCCAAAGGCUACAAAUCCUGGUCUCACUCCCGCGUCUUUCGGCUCUAAUCAAAAACAGAUCCUUCCCCACAAAGACAUCCCCAAAGCUAAACCAUUCGCUUCGUCCUCCACCGAGAGCGAAGAGCCAAAAAAGACGACCUCGAAAGACAUUUGGGGAGAAGAUGAAGACAAUACGUUGAUUGACCAGUAUGACCCGCGAGAGAGGCCUGAUGUGAAAGAUACGUAUGUCCAAAUGGUUGGCGCGGAAGAUAUUUUCUUGGGAAUGGGGACUAAGGAUCCGGGGACAACAAGCUCAGAUGGGCUGAGAAUGACCUUUCAUUUGCCAAAAGAGAAGGAUAUGAGUGGAAUAGAGUUAGAUGUGACGGACACAGAGAUCAAUUUAUCAACUCCUAAUUAG